AUGGAGCGUCUACUUCGUCUCUACUAUGUCUUUUUUUUCCUGCCUUACUGCUUUGUUGUGCCUAAAGAUUCAAAAUUGGGCGAGGGCUCAUUGAUUCUAGGCGCAGCAUCAUUGGAUAGCCUAAGUGAAAUACCGUGGAUGGCUUCGAUAUCCGGAUCUUGUCAAGGAAUUGUUUUGAGUCGGUGGUGGAUCCUGUCUACUGCGAACUGUGUCAAGAAGAAGAAAAUGUCUCAUCUGGAUAUUUCAGGAAUCAAUGAUCCAGAGAAUAUCCAACACGGGCAGCGUAUAUGUAUUCAUCCUAAAUUUGAUCCUGAAGGUGGAAAAGAUCCUGUGAAAGCAGAUAUUGGCUUGAUUCUUCUUGAUGAGGCUCUUGAAUCUGACACUAUAUCACUGUCUCAGUCUCCAAAUGUAUCCUUGAAAAGCUGUGCUAGAUGUCAAUAUGACAAUUGCCAGGUGUAUCAAUUUAAAAGUAGCAAGGACUUUGUAUCUGCCCGAGUGAAGAAAGUACCAAUUCAUCUUCUGGAUCUAUCGGUCUGCCACCAUGAACAAUCUGACCUGAAGAAGAAUGAGGGAUUUUGCAUUCAAGGCCAACUACUCCAAGACUGUUGGGUACAGCAAGCUAGUCCCAUCCUAUGUUUUCUAAAGAACCAUUUGGAACUGGUAGGCCUGGUACAUAGGGCUUCAAAUAUAUGUCAUUACCCUGCCAUCAUCGUCAGGACAGCUCCCUACUUUACCUGGCUGAAACGAUUUAUCAAGGCAUCCAAGAAGCAAACAAAUUCCCCGCCAUCAAAUAUCCGUUGUAGGGUAGAGAGUGAUCAUAUUCCCCCAAUCCUGCACGGCCCUGAGUAUACCCCAACCAUGGUCUCACAUAAGCAUUCGAUAGAUUCUUUGGACAUUUCCGUACCAACGAAACCAUUAAAAGAUUCCUCUGGGAUGUUCACUUUGAAAGAGGUGCAAACUUCCACUGAAAGUCAUAAACAUACUCUUGGAAGAAGCCAAGUUUCAAAAGUUGGCAAAUUUCUAGUUGAGCCUAUGCGGACAGCCUCUAUUGCCAGAUUUUCAGAAAGUGACAGAAAUAAUUCAGUCCAAUAUCAUCGAACGACCCCUUCACAUGAUAAGGAUUUUUCAAGGGACUCUGUAAUAGCUUCCACAGCUAAAUCUUCUUUACCUCAGCUCAUUUCUGAUACAUCUUCAGCAUAUGAUUCCAAUAAGCCUGAUACAGGAAAAGCUUCGAGUUCUUCUGAGGAAACAUGGAACCGAGUCAUGGCCGAAAUAAUCAAACAGUGGAGUCCCCCCCUAGAGGAAGAGACUCAAUCCACAAAUGCCCAUAGCACUACCAAAGCUGGAUCUGGGGUUCAAUCUAGUGGCACUACGGGUAAAUAUGACAGCACAAGUAAAUAUGGUACAGAAACUACUGCAAAUAUGGAGGGGUACAUGGAUUCCUUGAUGUCUUAUACGGGUAAUUCUUGGAGCAAAACUAAACCAUCACAAGUUCCUUCAGAGGUUCCCUUGGAGUUUUUAACAUCAGAUGAAACCAUGAAGAAAUCUAAGUCCUGGCAUACUAUUUUUAAAGGUGAUAAUGCGGAUUCACAAGUUAUUGGUAGCACAUGGAUUCCUCCAACUGGAACAGUUGAACCAUGGAAAUCCUCUACUCAAUAUCAUCAUACUAUGAGGGCCCGCACUCGCAAUCCAACUGAUUCAGUAAGAUUCCAAUCUCCUCUUACAACACAGAAGGAGAAUUUCCACAUGCUACCAAUAGCCAAAGUGUAUGCAUCUAAAUCUCCUAAAAUAGUUACAUAUGGGCAUACCAAUGAUGAUUUUGAGGACAAGCACACCGGAUAUCAUGUUCAAUCUACUAUAACCCCAUCACAAGGCCGCUCUCCCAUUGGGCCCAGGAUUCAUCCUAUAACUGACUUUGAACCGGACUUUGUCGAAUAA